CUGAGUUCCUAAUAAAGAGGCUCCGAGACUCCUCGGAAGUUAUCCAACCAAAGACAUUGCUUAUCUCAAGCCUUUAACAAGUCAAAGGUUGAGGCUACACGUAAUCUAAAGUCUUCCCAUUACCCCAUGAUUGCAACCAAACAUCAGGCUCAGCCCAUCGCAAGUCUGGUACCACCUUUACAGCCCAACCAUCAACACCAAGUCCCCGGCAGACGCCAAGAUGCGAGCAACACUGGUGGCCGUUCUCUGCCACCUCUCUCUGGCCUUUGCACUGGCCGACGAACGGACAGUGCUAAGAGCGGCCAUCUCGCCAGCGGUCUCGCACUGGAAGAGGAGUGCAAGACUUGCUAGUGACCAGUCCAUCCACAUCGACUUGGCACUUGCUACGGCGUCGGAGCGAUACUCGUUGCCGGCACGAGUGGCCAGGUACAUCGACUAUGUCCUGCCCGCUCCGGACCCGGACCCGGUCUCGUCGGCGCCCAAGUCUGUUGCAGUGCAGGACCCGCCGACGCCCAAAGGCGGAAUAGGUGCACGUCAGACGCGCGACGUCGACUGCCUGCAAUAUAUUGCGCCGCAGUGCCUUCGGCAGCUCGCGUGGCUGGCUGAAGACCUUGACAUGUUCUUUGGCGACUUCGCCUCGGACCUGUUGACCAACUUCAACCUGGAACCCAACCUGGACUACGAGUACACCAUGGCCAUGGCCAAGCCGAUCCCCGUGACCAACAUCCAGGUGGGCGACUUGGUGGUGCAGGGCAACCUCAACAUCAUGCUGGCCGCCUUCAAUGAGCACUACUGCCGCACCGGCCUAGACCCGCAGUUCGACCCUGUGUACCCGGACCCGGCGCCGGGGGGUUACAACGCCAGCGACUGCGGCACGCACGUCCCGCCGCGUGUCAUCGCCAUCAUGUACGCAUGGAACGAGGCCUGGUACUCGGACGCAUACGCCCGCCGCCACGAGGGGUUCUUUGCGUCCGUCUUCCCCGCCUCGUGCCCGUGGGUCACGUCGGUCGGCGGUACGCAAUUUCUGCCCGUCGUUUCCAACGGCAGCAGCAGCACGACGGCUAGUAGUGGCGUUCCGUCGUCGUCGUCAUUCCCGGGCGAGACGGCGCUCGACGACAACAACACCGUAUCGUCCGGCGGCGGCUUCAGCCGCCUCUUCCCGGCGCCGUGGUACCAGGGUAACCUGACGCACGAGUACCUGGCCUCCGCGCCGGGCGCCGCCGAACUGGCGCGGCAAGGCUACUUCAACGGCUCGGGCAGGGGCUACCCGGACAUCUCGGCCAUGGCGCGGAGCUUUCUAGUCGCGCUGCAUGGCGGGUACCACGCUGUGUCGGGCACGUCGGCGUCGACGCCCGUCGUUGCCGCCAUGGUGGCCAAGAUCAACGACGCGCGGCUGCACGCCGGCAAGAGCACCGUCGGAUUUCUCAACCCUGUCCUGUAUUCUGACGCUGCGCGGAAGGCGGGCGUGCUGCGCGAUGUGCAGCUGGGCAAGAAUCACGGGUGCGGAGUCGGCGAGGCGUUCCCCGCCAGGCGGGCGUGGGAUGCUGUGACUGGGUUAGGAACGCCGGACUUUGAGAAGCUGAAGGAGUUGUACCUCGGUUUGCCAUGA